AGAUAAGCCAACCCCACCUCCACCCCUGUGAUUGUGUGUAACCCAAAAAUCUAGAUUCAAUUUUUUAACCUUUCCAGACAAAUUGCCCCCAAUUCCUCUUCUUCUUCGUGUGUUCUCACCCAAAAUUCAAUUGAGAGCUGCACAACUUGUGUUUGUCAUGUUUCGGUCAGAAAACGAGUCGAUGUAGAAGGUUGCACACACAUCACUCUCUUUUGUCGUCUAUGUAAUUUUUUUCCUCAUUUGCAGUGCAGCCCAUCGGAUCCAGUCUUGGUUGAAGGAGGAAGACAUUGCGAUUGCCAUGGCAGACCAAAUCACCCAGAAUAAGGCUGCACGCAGAUGUAAAGAACUAUCGAACUUCAUGCUAGUACUUGAAGAGAUAAUUAGGAUCCAUCAAUUCAAUAUGUUAGUUGUUCGGAUGUUACUCUUCAUUUUCAUAUCCAAGAAGAGCAAAAAACCAAAAGGAUUUGGAGGAAUAGGUGUUCAUUGCUUGAGCGCAUUCCGGCCAAUGUUUGCCACAUCAAUAGAUUAGUUGGUCUAACUGAUCGGUCGUGCAUAGAUAUUCUACGCAUGGAUAGAAACACAUUCGGUCGACUAUGCCGUUUAUUGAAGGACCGAUGCGGUCUUGUGGAUAAAAAGUUUGUCACCGUUGAGGAACAAGUAGCGAUGUUCUUAGUUGUAUUGUCUCACCAUCAGAAAACUCGGGUGGUUGGUUUCAGCUUUACUCGGUCAUCACAGACCGUUUCUCGCUACAUGCACGUUGUUUUAUAUGUUGUACUAAAGCUCCAUGAGGUUUUGCUGGUGAAACCUGAACCCGUUGAUGAAAAUUGCACCAACGCACGGUGGAAGUGGUUUAAGGGUUGUCUUGGAGCAUUAGACGGAACAUACAUCUAUGUUCGUGUUCCUACAACAGAUCUUCCACGAUAUCACAAUAGGAAAGGACAGAUAACCACCAACACACUAGUUGUAUGCGACCGCCGUCUGAGAUUUGUCUAUGUCUUUCCUGGUUGGGAGGGAUCUGCAGGGGACUCGAGAAUUUUGAGAGACGCACUUAGUAGACCACAUGGUCUCAAAGUACCAAAAGGUCAAUACUAUUUGUGCGACAAUGGGUACGCGAAUAGUGACGGCUUUAUGACGCCUUACAAAGGAGUGAGAUACCAUUUGAAAGAAUGGGGUCCCGCUUGUGAAGCCCCUCAGACACCCGUGGAAUUGUUCGACAUGCGCCAUACCAAAGCGAGGAACAUCAUUGAGCGAGCCUUUGCUGUGAUGAAAAUGCGUUGGGGAAUUCCACGCAGUGCACGCUUUUAUCCGAUAGAUGUGCAAACAAGCCUUAUCAUUGCUUGCUUUUUGCUCCACAAUUUCAUACGUGGGCAAAUGGAGGUGGAUCCUCUUGAGGUGCAGAUUGAUAGUCAAGGAGAUGAUGGGAGUCAAUCUGAUGCUGAUGAUGAUGGAGUGGCUUUCAUACAGAGCAUCGAACCUACCACUGCAUGGUCUAAGAAGAGAGACGACUUAGCAGCUGAAAUGUGGCUUGAUUUCAAUACGUAGUUUGUUAGUAACACUGUACUUGUUUGGAGCUUGUAUUAUUUUUUCCCUUCGGAUUUCUCGUACUUUUAUGAUGCUAAUUUGAACUCGAUAUGUAUUAUGGAGUUAUUAAUUAUAUGGUAGAUUAUGGUUCAUUAA